AUGCUCGCGCGCCGCGCCGGCGCCACCAUCGGCCAGGUCCGCCGCCAGCGCGAAACCCCUGAAUUGCGGCCAGUCCGCCGCGAACUGGCCGACGAGGAUGCGCGCCAGGUCAUAGGACAGUUCAUUGCCCUCGUCAUUGCGCAGGAACGACUUCCCCGACCAGAACUGCUGGAUCUCUUCAGCACCCCAGAACGCCAGCCAGGCGGGAAUCGGCAGAUGGCUCAGGCAGGCAUGCGUGAGUUCAUGGGCGAUGACGGGCUCGACGGCGUGCAGGUCUGCACGCACCGUGACGAAAUGCCCGCAGCCAUGGUGGAUGUACAUGCCGCUGCUGGCGGCGAACUCGCCGGCGGCCGGGUAGUAGUGCGACACGUAGCGGUAGUAGGUGUCUUCGUCGUCGAACACGAGGAGGAUGUCGCGCCCAUAGGGCGGCACGCUGGCCACACCGUCCAGCGUGGCCACGAUGCGCUGCACCGUCUUGUUGACGAAGCCCAGCGUCACGUCGGCCACAUGGCCCGGCAGCGUCGACAGCAGCAGCGCGCCGCCCUGGCGACGCACGUGAUGGUCGCCGCCCAGCGCGGCGCGCAGAUGCGCCAGCCAGGCCAGCUCGCAGGCGCCCCAGGCCUCGGCCUGAUCGGCCGCGCGAUGCCGGUCAAUGCCGUGAAGGCGUCGGGCAGCAUCAGCAGCUUGAAAGCCGCCAUCUCGCCCGGGUUGCGCGUGUGCGUGGGCAGCGUGAACGGGCCGCCGAACAACGCGGGCGCGUGGGCCAGCCCGGGCGGCGGUGCCGAGAAGCCCGGUGUGGCCAGCCAUUCGCUGCUGCCCUCGGCCCACCAGAACAGCUGCACCAGCGGCGUCGCGGGGAAGUAG